GCUCCGCAGAGGACGCUGCUGCCAUGUCCGAGACCGCUCCCGCCGCCGCCCCCGAUGCGCCCGCGCCCGGCGCCAAGGCCGCCGCUAAGAAGCCGAAGAAGGCGGCGGGCGGCCCCAAAGCCCGCAAGCCCGCGGGCCCCAGCGUCACCGAGCUGAUCACCAAGGCCGUGUCCGCCUCCAAGGAGCGCAAGGGGCUCUCCCUCGCCGCACUUAAGAAGGCGCUGGCCGCCGGCGGUUACGAUGUGGAGAAGAACAACAGCCGCAUCAAGCUGGGGCUCAAGAGCCUCGUCAGCAAGGGCACCCUGGUGCAGACCAAGGGCACCGGCGCCUCCGGCUCUUUUCGCCUUAAUAAGAAGCCAGGAGAGGUGAAGGAAAAACCUCCUAAGAAGCGUGCAGCCGCGGCCAAGCCGAAGAAGCCAGCGGCCAAGAAGCCUGCCAGUGCUGCCAAGAAGCCUAAGAAAGCGGCAGCUGUGAAGAAGAGCCCGAAGAAGGCCAAGAAGCCGGCGGCCGCUGCAGCUAAGAAAGCAGUCAAGAGCCCCAAGAAGGCGGCCAAGGCAGGCCGCCCCAAGAAAGCGGCGAAGAGCCCGGCCAAGGCAAAAGCGGUGAAGCCGAAGGCACCCAAGCCCAAGGCGGCUAAACCCAAAGCAGCUAAGGCAAAGAAAGCAGCGGCUAAAAAGAAGUAAAUUACCCCAGAAGAGUCUUGCUCUACACACUUUGUUACCCAACGGCUCUUUUAAGAGCCACC